UGGUGGUGAAACUAACAGACGGUGAUGGUAACUAUUCAAGUGUAAUUUUAUGAUAUAACACUUAAAUGUAAGCAAAAUGUCAAAUAUCGCAGUUGCAAGAAUUCAAAGAGAAUUUAGAGAGGUCAUCAGAAGUGAAGAGGCACAAAAAAACAACAUCAAACUUGAAUUGGUUGAUGACACAUACACAAAACUGCGUGGAGAAAUUUCUGGCCCUCCAGACACACCUUAUGAAGGAGGAAGAUUUGUAGUUGACAUAGAUAUCCCAGAAACAUAUCCAUUUAAUCCACCAAAAGUAAAGUUUGCAACUCGAAUUUGGCAUCCAAAUGUUAGCUCAGUUACAGGUGCAAUAUGUUUAGACAUUUUGAAAGACCAAUGGGCUGCUGCCAUGACUUUACGGACUGUUCUUAUAUCAAUACAGGCUUUACUAGCAUCACCAGAACCAUCAGAUCCCCAAGAUGAAGUGGUAGCCAGACAAUAUAGAGAAAACAUGCAAGCUUUCACAACUACAGCCAAGCACUGGGCACAGGUUUACGGAGGAGUUCAAAGUAAAGACAUAGUCUGUGAAAAGAAAAUAAAGCAGUUAGUUGAUAUGGGUUUUGACGUGGAGCAAAGUCGAACAGCCCUUUCGAUGCAUUCUUGGAACGUGGAACGAGCAAUCGAGUCUUUAUUUAACCAAUAAGUUUGUAAAAGAAAUGUUUAGAAAAUUGUCUCUGGAGAUGGCUGAUUUGCUAUUCAGUGAAUGGAUAACAAGAGCGUUAUGAGAAGGACUUUCUAAUAAUACUGCGCUAUAGAGACGACGAAAUAAUAAACAAGUACCCCAGUUUUAAUCCAAUUCCUCAACGAAGACUCCUGUAGCAACCAUCGUGAUAUUGCCCUUUGUCUGAAAAGCCAUGUAUAUGUCAUACAAAAAAUCUUAACCUUCUCUGAAUAGUAGUCAUUGCCUCAUGAAUCAGCUAAGAUCCUUCCAUUUCCCGUUUUUUGACGUCUGUUGAUAAGUAACAUUUAAGACGCCUCUGCAAAUCCUGUGAAGACUGCAUACUUUUAUUUCUGCCUACCAGGGCUUCUAUAAACGCUUCUAACUUCAAAGGUGUAAUUAUACUACUUUUCAGUUUAUUCUUAUACUAAUUAAGAAGAUGCUGUUUAUUUUCGUUUUCAACAAAUUCCAUUAAUUUAUUUUGCAGAUUUCACUCGAAAAAUUGAAAUCUUAUUAAGAUUUCUUCUAGUGAGAGCUUAUACACGGAGUUAUUAAGUGUGUACUCGAAGCUUUAUUGAUUUCCUUGGUAUCCGAAUGUUUCAUUCUUUAAAGGGUUGUUUGAAGAAACUGUAUCGAUGUUGUUUCUAGUAAUUUUUUUUAAUUUGAAUUAGCUGUCUGAAUUAGAAGUACAUUUAUUAGAAUCGAAGCUUAGAUGUCAUGAAUUUUGUUACAAGAAA